AUUUUCUUCGUCCUAACGGCUCCCCAACCGACCACCCCACAUUUAUAAUCAACCAGAAAUCUUACACAAACCCAUCAACAUUACACCAUAAAUCAUCUCUCCCAACUCUGUAAUUCUGCAACUAUGGCGAAUUUCAGUGACCCAAUGUUGUUUCAUUGCCCUCCAAUGGUGGAGAAUAAGUACUGGAAUCCUUCCAAUGUUGCCGGCGAGGUUGCUCCUAAUUGCCCCCGCUGUGCCUCUCCAAACACCAAGUUUUGUUAUUACAACAAUUACAGUCUCUCGCAGCCUCGGUACUUUUGCAAGGGCUGUCGGAGGUACUGGACUAAAGGCGGCUCGCUCAGAAAUGUUCCGGUCGGUGGCGGUUGUCGCAAACAUCGUCGCGCCAAGGCUGCCCGCCGGACGAUUGACCGGACUAAUCUCCAUUCCAGUGAUCGACAGAAUUAUGAGUCGUUUGGGAGGCCUAAUUCAGACUCUGGUAAAAUUCACUCUAAUGGGUGCGAAGAAAUCGACAUGGCGCUUGUUUUCGCUAAGUAUUUGAAUCAGGAUUCUUCCUCUGGAGAAGAAUUGCGAGACGAGACGACUGAAACUUCUGGUUCUUCCUACUCUCUGAACCAGGAUCACAAUAGGUCAUCGGAGAAUCAUGUGGCGAUCGAAUGUCAGGAUUAUCCGGCGUCGGGUUUAAUUGGGGAACCGAAUUCGAUUGAAAAAGCAUUGCCUCAUCAGGAAAUUUUGGCAGAGAAUCAUGGUUUUGGAUUACUUGGAGUAGUUGAAGAAGUGUCUCAGGAUGCAUUGUGGUCUGAUGAUCAUGCAAUCACUUUGCCCCAAUUUACAUGGCAAUCGACCGAACAAUCGCCGGAAUUUGAUGCAGUUUUUCCCGAUCAUGAUCAGUACUUGAAGAUUCCUGCAGAUUUGAUCAGUGAUGGUUGGAGUUCCUUUAAUCUGCCAAUGUUAGACAAUCAGAACACUACCCUUUUAAAUUGGUCAUAGAUUUGGAACUUAUAAUAUUCAGAACCCGUGCACCAGAAAUCUCUUGGCUCGACUCAUAUGGGAUACUGGAUUUGCUAUCUUAUGUAUUUUUCUUUUACAUUUCCAUGACAGAAACAUAUCAUGGCAUAGAAAUAUUUAAAUACAUUUACUGAAAUAAAUUAAAUAAUAUGGAAGAAAGUUUUUGUAUGGAA